AUGACCAACUUCAUCCAGCCGGGAGGAGGGAGUUCCACAAAGAGUAUUUCAGUGACAAUUCCAUCGGAUGGGGAGCUCAUCAUCGCUGUCCCUUCUAACGAGCCCAAGUGCUCUGCGUCAAUCAAGCUGGAGCCUUCUACUGGUGCCACUGACUCGCGCGUCGAUGUCGCCGGCAGUCCCCUUGUCACGGAUAUCUCCUACUAUCUUCUGCCUGGAGUCACACUGAAUGUUUUCGCAUGGACCACAAGCGUCGUCCGGAUAGAAGGCUCUGAGCAGUUACUGCGCAGUGUAAUUCGAUCGUCCACGAAGUCGAUUACACGCCCCUUAGUGGAGUAUCAUUUUCUCUUGCACACGCAGCGCGUCGCCGCUGAGAAGACACAAUGCGGUGGCCCGGUGACUCUGAUUUGCGGAGGGCAACUAACAGGCAAGAUUGCGGUUGCGCGUACACUAGCGAACUAUGCGGCGCGUGCCGGCUGGAAACCAAUCCUGGUUGACUUGGAUCCAGGAGUGCAGCAGACGGUUGGUUUGCCUGGGUCGAUCGGGGCUGCCAUAGUGGACUAUCCGUUGCCUCUGGAUGAAGUCAUGGCGCUCUCACUUGUGAGCACAACGUAUUUUGUAGGCACAACAGAGGUCGAGUCCUUCAGCAAACUCGGGGAGGCUUUCAUGGGGGCAGCGUACGUGCACUUCUCAAAGCUCCUGCUCACUUGUGUUCGCGAACGGUUGUCAACACACGCAAAUGACCUGCACGGUUUCAGCGGCGCAAUUAUUGCUGUGCCGGAGGUGCAUGGUAGCGCCGGAAUGAAUUUUGUCAGCGAGCUGAUACAGCAGUGCGACAUUUCCAACGUGCUUUGCCUUGGUGAUGAUGAUCUGUUUCACACCCUGUAUCUGCGACACGAUCGUGGGAACCCAGCUCAGCCAGACUACGUUAAGAUAGACCGUAUUUUGCACAACUUCAGCAUCGUGCCCCCAGCUAACGCUGACUCAGUGAUGCCGUCGAGAUACAGCGACUACUUUCUCGGCACUGGGGUAGUGGACCUGCACCCAUCACAGUGGUCAAAACCGUUUAACAGUAUCGACGUACUCAUUCUCAAAGAGGAACAGGGGCAAGUUGUGCUAUCUCCAGUCCCUAAGGAGGAGCUACAGGGCAUCGUUGGCUGCAUCGGUGCGCUUUACUCGUCCAAAUCAGGCAAUGCACUUCAGUCAUCGCCGAUGGCCUACACGAGAGUGCAGACCAUUGACCCGACCGGCAUUUACUUUCUGACGAGCACCCAUUUCACGUUUCCGUCAGAAAAGAUUACUUUGCUUGUUGGAACUGUCCGCUGGAUCACCAGCACGUAA